AUGAGAUCUUAUUUACCAUUAUUAUCAUUAGUUUCCCUCGCUUUAUCAGCUGAUGCUCCAAUUCAAUCAGAUUCUCAAAAUCAGCAGUCUCUAAUUGCUAGAUUUACAAGAAAUUCACAAUCUGAAAUUGAAGGUCAUGUUGAAUUUGAACCUACUUCAAAUGGUUCAGUUCGUGUUUCUGUUGAAUUGAAUGGUUUACCUUCAACGGGAGGUCCUUUCCCAUAUCAUAUUCAUGAAGCUCCUGUUCCUGCAGAUGGUAAUUGUACUGGUACAUUAGCUCAUUUUAAUCCAUUUAAUGGUUCUGCUACUGCUACUACUGAUGCAGCAAAAGAAGUUGGUGAUUUAGCUGGUAGAAAUGGUAAUAUUACUAGUGAAUCAUUUAGUACUGAAUAUGUUGAUCCUUACUUAUCAUUAAAUCCAGAAUCAAGAGCUUAUUUUGGUGGUUUAAGUGUUGUUAUUCAUUCUUCGAAUAAUAGUAGAUUAGCAUGUGCUAAUAUUACAGAAGAAGAAACAAAUGGUUCAACUGGUGGUACUGGUGGUACUUAUACAAAUGCUACAGGUGGUGCAGGUGGCUCAAAUACUACAGGUGGUGCAGGUGGCGCAAAUACUACAGGUGGAACUGGAACUGGAUCAGGAUCAACUACUAGCUCAAGUUCCACUUCAAGCGCUGUUUCAACCGCUAAUGGAGUUGGUCAAAAUGAAGUAAGUUUAUUGGUUGGUGCUUUAGCUGGUGCGGCAGCUUUAUUAAUUUAG